AUGGCGUCUUGUGACGACGACUUCUCUCUCCUCGGUGAUGACAACGCCAGCCAAUCAAACCCUAACCCUAAUCUCCACCAGCACAACCAACCCUAUGGCCACCGAUAUCCAACAAAAUCCACUCCGAUCCACGCGCCACCGAAUUUCGCUUCCAUAGCAGCCGUUGCCGCCGCUGUUGUGGCCAGCGCCGGAAGUCCCAAGGGAAUUUCCGCCGAGGACGACGUCGUUUCUGCUGAAAACGAUGACUACAGCGACGGUGGUGCAAUUUAUUCGCAACCUGACCUCAAAAACAACACAUCGUCGUUUCACGGUGUCCAUAUAAGCCCUUACUCCACAGAAACUGACUCAAAUCCGAAUCAGGCUAGGGUUAAUCCCUCCAAUGAUAAACGCACGGACAGAGACGAUCUCAGUGAUGGUGGAACAACGCCGUAUUCUUACAAGAAAUCAAAACUCAGCUCAUCUGCCGCGCAUGGCGGUGGAAGUGGUGGCUCCACCGGUGGUGGCGAAUAUAGAAAAGAUAGAGAAGAAUGGAGUGAUACAGCGAUAGCUUGUUUACUUGAUGCUUAUACGGAGAAGUUUAUGCAGUUAAAUAAGGGGAAUUUGAGAGGGAGGGAUUGGGAGGAGGUGGCGGCCAUAGUGAGCGAGAGGUGUGAGAAGCAAAUGAAGAGCGUGGAGCAGUGUAAGAACAAGGUGGAUAAUUUGAAGAAAAGGUAUAAGUUGGAGAGACAUCGGAUGAGUAAUGGCGGCGUUUCGGCGAGUCAUUGGCCUUGGUUUAAACAAAUGGAGCAGAUUGUUGGCAAUUCAUUGCCGGUGAAGAAUGUGGCAGAUGAGGAAAAGGCGAUUGUGGUUGUGGAACAGAGCAAUUCAAGUAGACAGUUGAAGAGAUAUGGAACAACACCCCCCAGCUCCAGUGGCCAGAUUAAUAACAUGAAGUCAAAAUCAUUGACAAGUCCUAAAUGGAGGAGAGUGGUUUUCAAAAUUAGUGGUGCUGCUCUAACUGGAACUGGUCCUCAUAGUAUCGACCCAAAGGUGGCAAUGCUGAUUGCAAGAGAAGUUUCCAUGGCUUGCCGGGUUGGUGUUGAGGUAGCAAUAGUUGUCGGUGGUCGUAAUUUCUUUUGCGGGGACACAUGGGUAACAGCAACUGGGUUAGACAGAUGUACUGCGUAUCAGAUUGGCAUGAUGGCAACUGUGAUGAAUUCUAUUCUGCUUCAGUCAGCUUUAGAAAAGAUGGGUAUUCAGACACGUGUGCAAUCUGCUUUUUCUAUGGCAGAGGUUGCUGAACCGUAUAGUAGGCAACGGGCGAUCCGGCAUCUUGAAAAAGGAAGGGUUGUAAUUUUUGGUGGUAUUGGAGCUGGCACCGGAAAUCCACUCUUCUCUACUGAUACAGCUGCAGCUCUUAGAGCUUCAGAGAUUCAUGCUGAUGCAGUCCUGAAAGGUACCAAUAUAGAUGGCGUCGUCGUCUGUGACUCCAGAAAUAAUGAUGUUGCUGCUGAGCACAUUUCCUUCAGGGAGUUGGCUUCUAGAGGUGCUUCUCCAAUGGAUAUGAUGGCUGUAACAUUCUGUGAGGAGAAUGGAAUUCCUGUCGUGAUUUUUAAUCUUCAUGAGCCUGGAAACAUAUCAAGAGCAUUAUGUGGAGAACAAGUUGGUACGCUAAUUGAUCAAACAGGAAGAGUUAGCUAA